GGGGAGUCUUCUACCGGGUCCGCCUAAGCGAGGGCUGGGCUAAGAUGGCGGCGCCCGUCCUGCUGCGAGUCUCGGUGCCGCGCUGGGAGCGGGUGGCCCGCUACGUCGUGUGUCUGGCCGGGAUUAUUCUUUCGCUCUACGCCUGCCAUCUGGAGCGUGAGAAGGGUCGCGACCUCCAAUACCAGGCACUCUGUGACCUCAGCGAGCGUGUCCGGUGCUCCUCUGCCAUCUCCUCCAGAUGGGGUCGAGGAUUUGGCCUACUAGGCUCCAUUUUUGGAAAAGACAGUGCAAUAAAUCAACCAAACAGCGUUUUUGGUCUUGUAUUCUAUAUACUACAAAUGUUGCUUGGUAUGACAGCAAGUGCAGUAGCAGCGCUGGUCCUCAUGAUGUCCUCCAUAGUGUCAGUAAUAGGAUCUUUGUACCUGUCUUAUAUUCUGUACUUUGUGCUGAAGGAAUUCUGCGUAGUCUGUGUUAUCACAUACUUGCUGAACUUUGUUCUCUUGAUCAUCAACUACAAACGACUAGUAUACUUGAAUGAGGCCUGGAAACGGCAGCUCCCACCCAAACAGGAUUAACUACUUUGCAAACUUUUGACUGACAGUUUGAAGGCCCGGCUUCUGUUUAUAUUCAUUUCCACAGUAAAAAGAUUUUUUUUUAAUUAUUAUCCACAUCACUUGCUUUCCCCAGGAAUCAUAGCUAAUUCAGUUAGAAUGACUCAAAGGAUAGGGACCCUGGGUAACUCCUCAGUCAAUAGCUAUGGUGAGGAACUUUGCAAACGUCUUAAUCUGAUCAGAGACAAGCUUUAACUUUACUUUGAAGGAGUUCGCAGAGGCAUAUUCUUUACUCCUUCUUUACCCUUCCCUAAAUAUUCCAGGUAGGCUACAGGAAGUCUCCCAUCUCAGUGUGAAUUGAGGUAGGGGGAGAUCAUGAUUAUUCUAGACUUUAUAGGUACCAUAGGGAAAUGUUGCCCUGUUUACAUUAUGUGUAUUGGUAGCCAAGGGAAUCUGACCACACAGAUGGAACUAAAACAUUUACCACAACUUGGCGCAAAGUGGCAGAAAAGACUGGCUAUGCCCUGGCAAAGAAAGGUCAGCACAGCUCAACCAAGUGAUGACUUGAAGCAUAACUUUGAAGAACGGUUGAUUGUGUUAUUGAGAUGUUUUUUUAAAAAAUGAAAUUGAAAUUAGUCUGUUUCCCUGGAGAAGAUUUGCAACAAAAGAUCUUUGCCAAGAUGCUGUUUUUCCCCAGGAUAUGUCUAAAGAAAAGGAAUUCGCUGAACUACGUUGGGUUUCCUUGUAACAUCUGAACUGUUUGCUGUGGAUGGAAACCGUCUUUGUCUGGGGAUGCUUAACAAGGGUAACGGGGCAUCUAGAGUUGCCCAGGCCUCAUCAGUAGGAAGCCUGUACAAAUGACGUUUGAGGGGCAGAAUUGGCUGUGUACUUCAGAAGAUGUGAGACAGCCAAAGAGUGUUAGCCAAUUUGAUUAUAAUAUUUCUAGCUGCUGUAUAGAAUUACAACUUGACACUGGAUCUCAGUAACUCACUGGGUAAAUGAAUGCACUGAAGAAUUAGGAUGCAGUCCGUCUGUGAGCCCUUUGGAACUAAGUUCCACAGAAGUGAAGAGGGGGGUAUAUAAAGAAAUGUCAGUGGAGGGUGCUUUGAUGUUCCUGAGAAAUUCCCCUUCAUUUAGUGAAGCUUGUGUAGGAAACCCAGAUUAUGGACAUAGAUAGAUUUAUGUCUGUGGAGGCAGAGCAAUUUCAAAUUCUUACAUACAGAUUUGGCUAAGGCUUAGGGAGAUGUACAUUGACGCUCCCUCACCCAUUUAGGAUAAAGGAAAUAGACAGUAAACAAAAUUGGCCCAAGAUUCAGUCAUGGUUCUAUUGAAAGAGCAAGUUGAAGUAAUUUCCCAUUCAUAUCGUCCUAAAAUGCAGUGUUUUUUUUUUAAAAAAGUGCCUUCUGUCCUAACAAACCAAAUAUUGGGGGUGAUUGAAAUUGGCAGGCAGAAAGGUUCUUGCAUCUCUAUAUAUAAUAUUUUUGAUGAAUCAGAUCUUUGCAGUGUGUAGUAGGUGAUCCUUUGAGCUUCUCUUAUACCAGGGCACCAGGGAAAUGGUUCCUUGUAGGACAUUCCUAGAGGGUUUUUUUUUUUUGAGAGAGAGCGAGAGAGAGACAGGCUGCUGACCUGAUUGGCACAGCUUUGAACUCUGCAGUCAAUGCUGACUUCUGUUUUUCCUGCUGGAGUAUCCCUUAGAAAGGCACAUUCUCAGAACAUAAAAUUUUGUCUGCUAUAUUUAGAUUUAGGGCUUAGUUUACCCAGGAGUCUCUCAGUAUGCCUCGGUAUGUCAGGGAAGCCUUAGAAGAUGGUUGCAGUUUCUUAUAUGACAGCUGGGUCAUAGCUGUUCCAAGCAAACCAGAAGAGCUACUCCUUGGCAAGAUUGCUGUGUUUCUUCCUGCGGUGGCAGAACGAGGAUCCUGUUGCAGCAGCCUGUUUCUCAUUGGAAUGCAAGAAUGUACCAGAAGCUUCCAGAGAAUGAAUGAGUUACAGGAUUGAUAGGAUCGAAAAGGAGUUAUCGGUGACCGAAGCAGCUUUUGGAAGCAAAUGGAUGCUGUGAUCUGCCAGAGGCUUCUUGUGAUGUGUAUUCACCAGUUGGGCUCCCUGAGAUCAUUAAGACGGUUCUUCUGCUCAUAUGAUGAACACAUUUAGAAGACUUGUAUUAAGGGUAGAAAGCAAUUUUGGCAUCUUUUAUAGCAGAGAUAGCCGUGCACUUGGGUCAUAACAAGCUAACUAAAAAGACCGGGUCAGGCCAGAAUAUAGCCAGAAUACAACAAAGGGCAUCGUUGCCAAAAACUUGAACCCUGUUGUUUCCUUACCAUCAAUGCUUGCUUCUGCUUAUUCCCAAGAAGAGUGAUCUUCCCAAAAAGCUCCCUUUUAAAAUUCCAGUCUGCGUCUAAACACUUUCCUCCUCCUGAGUCUGUAAGGAGACCUCUUUUUUUGUGUCAUUUUCUAUGAAAAAAAAAAUCAGCAUUAAGGUAUAAAUGUGAUUCACUUAACAUUUUGUAAAAGUGCAGGAUUUUAUUUUCCAAUGGGAGCAGCAUCUGCUGAAGAUGGGAUGUCUGACAGUAUUUAAAUGCCUGCCAAAUGAACAUUCGGUUUAUGUACAGAACUAUGGUGGAACGCAAGUUUAAUGGAGGAAGACAGGUGUUUAUGGUGUGUAUGUAUAUAUAUGUAUAUGUACAUGUACAUGUACAUGUAUGUAUAUAUGUAUUAAAAGGAACACUAAUUUCUGCUUGUUGUCCUUGUCAGAGUUUCUCAGAAAUGUAUUUUGUAUUAACCAGAGUACAGUUAAAGCUUGUCUUGAAUUUUGAAAUUAGAGCUGAUGGGGGAAGUAUAAUUUACAAAUUUUGUUACCUUUGGUAUGUGGAGAAUAUUUUCAAGUUUAUACCCUCACUGAUAAAAUUUUAUUUUAAGACAUUAAUGUAACAUAGUGUGAAGCUUUAUUUUUUUACAUGUCUGCAGAUGAGAUGGGGCUUUUCUAUCUUUCUAAGUAGAGAUUUCCAUUAUCUAUACCAGGGUGGGCAACAAUGGCAACUUCAUGACCUGUGGACUUCAACUCCCAGAAUUCCUGAGUCAUGCUCUGGAAUUCUAGGAGUUGAAGUCCACAGCUCAUAAAGUUGCAUAGUUGCCUAUACACCAGGGUCAGUUAUAGGGGAUACAAGGGAGUUGUAGUUUUCUUCCUAGGACUUCCCCUCUCCAAUUCCUUGGGCGGAAGUGCAAGCUGACUCCAUUUUCCCCUCUGCUGAAAAGUUACCUGUUCUGCUCAUUUCUCUUUCCAAGUCAACAUUUUUUAAAUGUUGAUUCUUAUUUUUUUUUUGUUCAAGAACAGAGGUGUGAAGGUAUUGUCACCCUGUGUAUGUUUAAGCAAAAUCCUGACUUCUGUACCACUCUCCCCCAUCUCCAGAUUUCAGUAGUAUUGUGUGGUGUUAAAACGUUUAACACCACACAAUGUGUUGGAUGAGUGUUCUCAGUCAGGUCGCCUUCAGACAUGUUGGGACCUCCCCCCCAAAUCCCAGAAUUCCUAGACAGCUGAAACACUUUGGACUAAGGGCCAAACUGGACAAGAUUUUGAAGUAGAGAUUGUAGGGCACCCUUUGUCCAAAUGGAAAAUUGGUCCUCCUGAGUGCUGGGCUGUGAGAAGCAAGCCAAUAUUUUUAACACAGCGGAGCCUACUCCUUGCCUGUGCAUUGUAAUAUUUGCAAGCAGAUGAUGGGAAAAUCUCACUGCAGGUGUGGACUCUCUGCUGUCUUCCCUCUUCUUCCAUCAAGGUAAUUCGUUCUCUUUAAGGUGCUUGGCCAUAUUCCCAAACCUAUAUGGAUGAUGGAAGAUGCAGCAUUUCCUUGUUUUUCUCAAGUGCAGCUUUCACUGUGUUUCACUCCAAUUCCCUUCUUUUAAUUUGGAAAGCUUAGGAGCCCCUGCUCUUUGGUUCUGUCUCAUCAGCUAAGUUGCUUCUAAUUUUAAAGGAGGGGAACUUUUUCAGUGACAAAAAGUUCAGGGUUGUUGUUUUUUAAAACUGACAGUGUCCCAGGAGGUAGUUUUCUUGAAGAUCAAUUUAAUUCUCUCUACCACCACCACCCUAAAUCUACAUCUCUCCCACUUGUUGAUUGCUCAGAAGAAAGGGCCCUGCCUUUUUUUCCCCAAGAAAUCAAGGCUUUCCAUAGGUCAGACAAGCCCUUUUCCUUUCUUAGAAAUCUUACUUAGCCUCAGUCAGUAUGGUUCUCAGUGCUUGUAAUGCAGUUUUGAAUGGAUGAACGGCUUUCUUGAGAUACCAGAAAAUGUAUCCAUGAAGCAGAUGGCUCCAUUGCAUCUAGUAUAUUGCCACUCCCAGGAAAGGUUUCUGUCACUUGAUUUUCAGGAGGAAUCAAGAAGUAGCAAGAGAAAUCUAUACCCUUGGAAGAGGAAUAUUUCUACUAAGGCAACUCUUUAAGGAAAACGUCACAGUGGGCUCUAGAAUGAGAUGAAACUUUCAGGAAAUGAUUACUUUGGGGCUCAAUUCGAUAUUCUGAUUCAAAACAAAGAGACAAAAAUGAUUUCCUUUUUGCUGAUUAAUAUCUCCUGAUCUGUAUGAACAAAAAUUGUCAAAACAGGUUAAACAUUUGCUUGGAUUCUUUCAAGACCAAUUAAACAUGACCUAGUAAAACUAGUAAAAAAAAGAUGAAGUAUUCCGUUUCCAUUUUUUUAAAAAAUGUAUUAAGCAUGGCCUAAAUAUUCAAUGUGUGUUCUGUCUCGUAUGUUUGAUCUGACAACUUUUUGAUGUGCUUCGAACUCCAGAACAUUUCCAUCUCGAUUGGAGUCAUUCCAUUCUUAUUUUUUUAUUUUUUGGUUCAAUAUAGGACUGUGACAUUCUGAGAUUGAAAUUCAAUUUUGCUAACAGGGGAAUUAAAACCAUGUAAAUAUUGUAAGAAUGUUUAUUUGUUGCACAUAACUUUUUUGGUAUAAAAAUAAACGUAGAAAUUA